GCGCGCCUGAGGGAGGGAGCGAGAGAGCGGGCGCUGGGCUGAGCGGGAGCGGAGGUCGGAGCCGCGCGGCGGGCCGAACCGAAUCGAACCCAGCCGAGCCGCGGCGCGAGCCGGGAGCAUCUGCACCAUAUCCGUUGCUCUGCAACGCUUCACCCUCUGGGGAAUUUCUGGCCAGGGAGCAGUUCCCCUCCCCGCGGCGCGCGCGGGAGCUCCCGUCCUCUCCGCUGCCCCAUCGAAGCCCCCCUCAGCUCCCCGCCCGCCGGCUCCUCGCCGCCCUCAGCCCGCCCCUCGCGGGCAGACUUGUCCUCCCGCUAUGGCUCUCUGCCGGCGCCUGGCUCGGCUGGCCGCCCACCUGCAGGACCCGCGGAAAGUGGCAGCCUUCCAGCGGCUCUGCGGGGUGGAGGGGCCUUCGGGAUGGACGGACGCGGAGCAGCGAGCCGGAGGCCGGGGGCCGGUGGUUAACGGCGGCCCCCAGUCCGCGGAGCGGGCGGGAGGGCAGGGGCAUCUCACCGGGAACGGGACCGUGCCCCGCGGGACGAGCCUCGCGCAGCGGUGGAGGAGGAGGCCGCGCCGCAACUCUCUCACGGAGGAGGACGGCAGCCAGGAGUUUUCUACCCGCAGCUGCUUCCUCUACUAUCUGUUCAGCCUGGGCACGGAGCUGGGCAACGAGCUUUUCUAUAUCCUCUUCUUUCCCUUCUGCAUCUGGAACUUGGACGCCUGGCUGGGCCGGAGGCUUAUCAUCAUCUGGGUGUGGGUGAUGUACCUGGGGCAGUGCACCAAGGAUGUCAUCCGCUGGCCGCGGCCUGCCUCCCCGCCCGUGGUGAAGCUGGAAGUCUUCUACAACUCCGAGUACAGCAUGCCCUCCACCCACGCCAUGUCGGGCACCGCCAUCCCCUUGGCGCUCCUGCUGCUCAGCUACGGCCGCUGGCAGUAUCCCCUUAUGUUUGGACUGAUUCUUGCAUUCUGCUGGUGUUCUUUGGUUUGCUGUAGUCGGAUUUAUAUGGGAAUGCAUUCAAUUUUGGAUGUUAUUGCUGGAUUUCUGUAUGCUAUUCUCAUCUUGGUUGUCUUCCAUCCGCUUGUGGACCUGAUUGAUAACUUCAACUUAACUUACAAAUAUGCACCCUUAAUUAUCAUCAGUCUCCAUUUAGCCCUGGGCAUCUUCUCUUUUACUCUAGACACCUGGAGCACGUCACGAGGAGACACGGCACAGAUACUGGGCUGUGGUGCUGGAGUAGCCUGUGGCUCUCACGUGAACUACAUCAUGGGUCUAAAGCUAGAUCCUCCUCCCAACACCUUACCUUUAUCUCUUUCUUCUCUCACUGUGACUGUGCUUGGAAAAGCCAUGUUGCGCUUGUUGAUUGGAGUCAUAGUUCUGUUGCUAACAAAAAUAGGGAUGAAAAAAGUCACCAUUCCACUGGCAUGUAAAAUCUUUCGCAUACCACAUGAUGAUGUGCGGAAAGCGAGACAGCGCAUGGAAGUCGAGCUUCCCUACCGCUAUAUUACAUAUGGAAUGGUUGGGUUCUCCCUCAUGUUUAUUGUUCCUUGCCUGUUCCAUUUUAUUGGUCUUUCUUGAUGCAGUUGGAUCACUCUAAAUAUGGACAAAAGAGCUAGUUGCUUUUUGAAGAGGUACACUAGUUUGCUAAGGGAAGGCCAGUGAGCUUGAAUUAAGCAGGGUCUUUGCUUUAACAGCAAUACACAGCAGGCAAAGCAUUUAAAGAGCUUUACACAUCUUUGGGUAAGGUAUGGGGCUAGAAGUCAAAUAUCAGUCCAUGAGACGUGCUGAACUCUAUAAAUGCCAUGUCUAGAUUUAUUGCUGUUAUAAAGUCUGUGUGUGUGUGUGUGAUGCAGUGAAUGUAUCUGGAAUGUCUGUCAUACUGUACCUGUAUACAUUGACAUUGUAACAGAUAUGUCUGAGAGCUAAUCAGAAACCUGUCUGAUCUGUUUGCCAUUUCAUAAUAAUUUAUUCAACUUGUUGGACCGUAGACUGCUAAAUUUGCUUUUCUCUGUUCUUUCCCAAAGUCCUACUUCGAGAUGUUUCAGCUAAGAGACAUUUCUAAUGGACCAAAACUUGUAAUGAGGUUGAAUUUUUAUUAAAAACCAAAAAACUCAACCAGACAAAAAUCCAAACAGAAGCUUUUUUCUUUAGCCCUCUCUGCAGAAUAAAAUGUCUAGAUUGGCAUAGAUAUCACUAGAGUAUAUAUACUAUUCAGGUACUGUAUUUUAUGAUUUAAUAACUGUGCCUUUCUGUUGCUAAAUUAAGAAAUACCAUAUAUGCUGUGAUGUAAAAAAUGCCUAAUUUCGUUUAAAAUCUUACAUAAUUAGGCAGCUAUUUUUAAAUGGUAGAUUGUCCACAUCACUGGCAUUGUUCAAGUGACCAGAACAUUCCGUUUAGCCUGAUCAAAAUUGCAUAAACGAAGUGACCCAAGAUUUGUGUCCUUAAGAUCAAAAUGUUGGAAGUGGACAAUAAUCCCUUUUGUAAGUAUUUUUAAUGUGGGUUGUAAGUUACUGGAAGAGGAUAUAUUUUUUUCUUGAGAAUGUUUAUACGGUGGACAGAUAUUUAAAAUAAGUUACUAAACAUGUAAACAAUAAAAACACUCCAUUCUGCAAAGAAAUGGGCCUUGCUUAUUGUUUCAGAAUAGUUUAGAAGGACCAUUGUUUUAAGAUACUUGCUUAGAAAAUAUAAUCCUUACUCUAGAAAAAUAAAAACGUGUAUUUUUCUGCAUUAGCAUAGUAGAUUUAAAGAAGGUAAUAACUUUUACCCGAUUUAGAUAGCUAUAAGACAGUGUAAUGAUCAAAUUGAUCCUUCUGUUGGGCAGAUGGUGAGCAGUCAUGACAGUAUGGUCCAUGCUGUGAGUUUGUGAGUAUUAAAAUUGUACUCAAUUCUUAUUCACUUCUCAGCUUCUCAUGAUCUUUUUCUUAGUGAUGGAGUAUGACCCUUCAAUUUUAAUUUCAUGUGCCUCUUUUGUGUUUUGUUUUGUCUGUAUUUAAUAUGUUGCCUAAUUUGUUCUUUCCAUGUCAGAACCUGUCAUAUUGCAGCAAGAGCUGUCUUACUGUCUGACCAGACACGAAUUACUUAGUUUUGUAUUGUACUUUUUCUGGGAAAACAUGACUUGGUUGGGAAGUAUAGUGAUUAAACAGAAUACAAAGCUUACAUUUUUUUAGUAAGCCAUAUUUGGAAGUAGGAGGGGUUUUUAUAUUGGAGUCCAUCUCCAAACUGUUAAUAUGUAAAUUUAAAAAUUAACUUUCUGUCUCUUUCUUGAAGAGCAGUCCAAGUGAUAGUACUCUGGCAUUACAUGUUGUGAAAAGCUGACUUUUCUGAUGCAUAUUUCUACAGUGCAUUGAGAAUGCAGCACUAUGAUUGUAUGCAAGCAGAUGUAUUCAGAACUGUCAGUGUGUUAAAUAACUUCUGCUGUGGAAAAGACCUUACCUAAUUGAAAAUGGUUAGCUUGUUUCAGUGCAUGUUUCCAAAUUUUAUGUUUUUCCUACAUGUUUCAAAUUUUGUUUGCAGUUAAAUGGUUAAUGUGCAGUACAAGGAAAAUUAUUUACAAGGUUCUGAGGGGUGGGAUUUCCACUGUUUUGGCUUUGCACACUAAAAUAAGCCAUUAAAUAAAUAGCUGGGAGAAUGUGCACAAAAUGCCUUAUGCUUCAAGCCCUGAGUUCCAAGUAUAUUAAAUUACUCUGAGAACUGGUGAAAAUAAUAGGAUAACUUUCUCAGAAAUGUAGGGCAUAUUCUCCUUAGAUAUCCCAGCCUCACAGUUUAUAGUGAAAAAUGUUUAAAUUCUAGCACAAAAGAGAUAAGUGGGUAGAACUUAAUUUUUAAGGUACUUAUUUGACUUCUAUGAACUUCAAGUUUACAGCAUAAUAGCGUUCUUAAAGCUGUCAUGUUUUUUCUAAGCUGUACUCGCUCUGUUGAACUACUAAUGGAAAAUAAAAUCUACUGUAGAAGAUGUAGAUAAAUAAGUAUUUUAUAUUUUUAUACAUUACAUUAGGUAACUUCAAAAUGUCAUGUCUGUGUUAGGCUAGUACACAGGAAAUGUAUGUCGAUGUUUAUACAGCACCUUUAGAACCAUCUCUGUAAGACAGCAACUACUCCACUGAAGUUUACGUGAAAAAGGUUUCACGAUUCAGUUUUCAUGUUCUUUAAGGGGUUAGGCUCAAGAGGGCAGUUUAGCACCAAGUAUCAUGCAUUAUGAAUACUGUUAUGGAAUAAAGAAUCACAGAAAUGCAAAAAUUGAUAAAUCUGUGUGGUUUAGGCCCAUCAGGGAACAAAAGACCAUGAUUGGCCUCAAGUACCAAAGACCUGAGGAUUGCCAAAGGGCAGGGAGAGCUUAAUUGCUGCUUAAGGUCCAGGACAAAACAGACCAGGCUACUCGGCUUAGGGAAGAAAACAGGAAAUAAUUUAAUGCAACACCAACUAAACCAUAACCUUAAAACCCCAAAACAUAACCAAAAUAAAACAGCACAGAGUGGUACAACAAUGAAGAGUCCCACCAGCCCUUUAAGACCACCUUCUCCUCACUCGUUCUCUCUUCCCGAGCUCAUAGCCCUGAUCCGGGUGUUUAUUAUCUCGUCCCUGCCUGCCUGGCCCAGAGGGGCAGGGAAUGGGAGUUUCAGUCAGUCUGUUCCUGAUGGCUUCUGCCAUUUGUCUCUCCUCAGGGCAGGUGGGCUCCGCACCAGUCCUCCCUGCACGUCCGUGGGGUCCCUCACACACACACAGCCCUGCACGGGCUGCUCCCACAUGCAUUUAUCCCAAAGGCUGCAGCUCCUCUCUGCCUCUCGUGUGGGGCUGCUCUGGGCCCACAGGCUCCAGCACGGCCUGUGCCAUGGCCGCCUCCCCACACAGUCCCUCGCCCAUCCGGGUGCACUCACACGGAGCUGCUGGUGGCUCUCAGUCCUGCCUUGUUCCUUCUUUGACUGUGAGGUCCACGUGGUCACCUCCAUCUUGUAUCACUCUGACACCUCCUGCCAGCACUUCAAAUUCAUGUCCCUAAAUAGUGCUGGCAGAGGUGCCAGAUUGGCCCAGCCGGGCUGCAGGUGGGUCUGAACCCAGGAGCCGGGGGAGAGUCCAGAAACUCUUUAUCGGGUCUUCACUGCAACCCGCUCCCCCUGUUACUAAGCAAAAGCUGCUCAUUGCUAAACUAUGACAAAAUCUAACCUAAGUAUUUAUUUUAGUAUAUUUUUUUUGUUUAAUAAUAAGGUAAUAUUCAUUCAAAUCAGGCAUAACAAAACAGCAGGUAAAACUGAAGCACUUUCUUUGCCCUAAGCUAUUCCUAGAUUUGAACAUGAAAAGUAUUUCUAAUAUAAGCAUCAGCUGGUACCAAAUUAUUAAUAAAUUUAACAUAGCUUUACAAGGUAUUUUAAUGUCUUUUCAGAAGGACAAGACAUUGGCAACCUUUCAUGAAGCACUGCAAAACAUAUUCAUAUGUCACUGCUACUGAAGUUCCUUAGUUCCAGGCUGUAUAGUCCUGAGAAAAACUUUAGAGAAGCAGAUAUAAAUAACACAUAAUGAAACAUUAUGAGUUAAAUUAGUUUUAUUUGAUUACUGUAUGAAAUAAAACCUCAAACUAAUGGUCACAUAGAGUGCAAUUUGGCACAGAAUUCUGUUUUCCAAAAGGCUGAAAAGACUCAAAUGAGUCUUAAACUGCCUUAAACAAGGGAGCAGGAUUUUUUCUGAAUUAGGCCUUAGUCACAACUAACAUAUGCAUUGCAUCUUGGGAAAGAUUUACAAUCUAUUACUUUGAAAGAAGCUCCAUAUUUGUAAUAAAGACUGCUACUUUUGUUUUCCAUACCAUGAACUAGAGUUGGAGCAUUUUUGACCUGUGUGAUUGCUUUAUGAAGCUCUUCGGUCUCUCAUCACAUUUGCCUUACCACGUACCUUGCAAAUUGAGGAGAGGGAGAAACUAUUAUAAGGUAAAUUGGCAAAACAAAGUGAGUUGUAUUUUGUUUAUUUACCUGCAAUUCUUGUUAAGCUUAGGUACAACUUUUCUCCUGAAAAACCAGAAAGAUGGAUUUAGUUUAAAAUGAUGUCUCUGAAUGUGAUAUGUGGUGCUUUUUUUUGUUUAUUUUUCAUACCAGAACAGUGUUAAUUUUUCUGGAUUUUAAAAGCUAGUAUGUUUUCCUUUGCUACUAUUUUUUUAUGACUACUACCACUAUUUUUUACUCCAUUUCUUGCUUAUUUCUGGGGAGUGUCGUGAACUUUUUGUAAGCAAUUGCUACUUAGAUGAAGAUUGUAACUUUGAACUUGUAAAUACUUAAGGGCUGUUAGUGGCUGUGAGCUGCUCAAAUACAUAAAAACAAACCUUGCAUGCUGUAAGUAAACACAUCUGUUGUGCUAAAAGUUGUUUCUAUUUCAGUAUUUGCUUUCUCAAUACAAAAUGGUGAUUUUUCCCAUGCAACACUUAAGAUACUUAAUAAUUUAGUGGUAUGAGGGAGCAUUGCUGUCUAACUCCUGUGAACUUUACUGGGAGCUAUGUACCUAGGUCCUUCCAUGUUACAUGGAGAAUGAACCCUGAAGGUCAUGCCCACGCUCUGACAUGCUUACAGGCAUUGGGGUGUGUGUGUGUGAAGGGACUUAAGUGGUAAGAUGUGAAUGUAAUAUCCCUGCUUUUGAGGUCUGAGAGAUUGUGCUUUCUGAAAUCAUACCUACCCCUGUUUUUACAAGGCUUUCAAAGGGUUUAACUUGGAAGCUGUUUCCCAGUAGCUCUGGCUGUACAUUUGCAAUACUGAAUUGAUGCUUUCCCCUCUGUGUCAUGAUUGUGCUGAAUGAUGAGAUCCCAGAAUAAUGUCAGUAGAUAAAAUGAUGACAGAAGAAUUAAGUUAUAGGGGUAUUGUGACUCAACUCACUGUAACUAAUUAAUGGAUUUUUGUUGGUCUAAUGUAGAAUGCUUUGAGGUUAUACAAUUUAUUUUGAACUCAUUUGGAUGAAUUCAUGCCGGAACUUUAUUCUUAGGUGGCUGUUUCAUUUCAGCAAAAACAUAGAAGCCUAUUUUGAGAUUAACUGUAAAUAUGGUGUCUAUGAUUUGCCAAGUUGAUAGAUUAGUUGAGUCACUAAUGUUUUUCUUCCAAUGAUAUUUGUUAGGAAAAAAAAAGGCACACAAAGUUUAAUUUGGAAACAAAAUGUGGUAUUGUGAAGCAGAGAGGAUAUAGCUCUCUAGGUGUUCCCUAAAAAGUGAGUGUCACAUGCUGGAAUUGAAGCAAAUGUCACUAUGCAUUAGAAAAAUUUCUUUGCACUCUGUUCUGCAUAAGAAAUCAUUUGCAUUUUGAUAAGAGUCCAUUUAACAAAAUGAAGCAAAGCAAUAUGUGCUUGUAGUGUAGAAUUAGUAACUAUUCCUCUAGGAUCAAAGAGUAGAGGAUACACAGAAGAAUACUACCUUAAAGAUAUUGACCAGUAAAUGUAAUUGAAACUCCUAUCAAGUUGAAGAGUUUUAAUAGUCACUAAACUUUGACUAAAUUAGUCACUAAGAUUUCCCAUGAAAGUGUAGUAGAGAUAGUAUUCCUGAAGUGGAAACUGGAUCCUAAGACAGUUCUAGAUGUCUGAAGUAUCAUAACUGAAAGAGGUCAGUUCAGGAGCUAGUCACCUGAAACAAAGAAAGUCUGAGGGGGAUUUUUUAUUAAACUUCACGCACUUAAAAAUUAUGCCAAAACUUGGCCUAUACUUGAUUUAUAUGAAAUCUGUAAUACAACAUAGAGAUCUACAUAAUAUAUUGACUAUUGGAGUUUAGCUUUUAUGUAUAGACUUUUUUCUUACUGCAUUCCCUGAUUAAAGCAAGUGCUCAUAAAAUAUGGAACAGCUUUGUCUGUGUAAGAUGAAGCUGUAUAUUAUUAGUAUUUUGGAAAACGAUGCAAUUCAAACCCCAAGUCUGUCAACCUCUUAGAGAUCUUUAUUUUAAAAAGUACUGUCAAAUGGAAGCCCUGAGUUAGUUGAAGAUCAUAUAAUGGUUGCUGUAUAAUAGUGUACAGCUGAUGGUUUAAAAACUAAUACAUUGCAACUUUUUGUUACAUGAUGGUUAAUGAUUUUGUACUGACUGUACACUUUCUGCAGUUGUCAAUACUUAAACUCAUAUUGACUGGUAACUGAAGUGUCUAACUUCAUCUGCAAUGAGUGGGUAAUAAACUACUGUUGGAUUCAAA